AUGGAGGAUCUGCUGCUUGAGAGGAUAAUGGAGGAAUACAGUGCAGAGAGGCGCUGCGAUGGAUACAGCUGCAGAGAGGGCUGGAGGAUAAGCUGCAGAGUAGGCACUGGUGACUUCGAGCUGCAGAGACGGCAGAGACUGGAUGGAACAGCUGCAGAGAGGCGUGGAGGAUACAGCUCUGCGAGAGGCGCACUGUUGGAUUUCAGCUGCAGAAGGCCACUGGGGGAGAGUUACAGCUGCAGGAGGGCACUAGAGGAUACAGCUGGUGACGGCAAUGGAGGAUACAGCUGCAGAGAGGCACUGGAGGAUACAUCUGCAGUGGGGAAGAUGGGGAGGAUACAGCUGAAGGAGGCCACUGGAGGAUACAGCUGCAGAGAGGCAUGGGAGGAUACAGCUGCAGAGAGGCGUGGAGGAUACAGAUGCAAGAGAGGGCACUGGAGGAUACAGCUGCGAGAGGCGCUGGAGGAUACAGCUGCAGAGAGAAUUCCAAAACAGACACAAAAUAAAGCACUGGAGGAUACAGCUGCUAGAGGGACUGGAGGAUACAGCUGCUGA